AGUAGCGUGGAUUUCGAUUUGUAAAAAAAGGCGUUUUGCUGGGCUUUUUUUGAAGCAUAAAUAUAAAAUAAGCGAUCAAGCAUCUUGGUCUCGCAUAGAAAUUGCGGUUCAUGUUGUAGAGAAAAAUUGUCAACAUCAUGUCUGGAAGUGGAAGCGUGGCUGGGAGCCGGCAGAGGGGGACUCAGUGGCAACAAGAGCCCGCUGUGCAAUCCACCUCCUGGUCGAGACGAAGGCCGUCCCGCUUCUCGGCCUUGGUCGCGUCCCGCCUGUUUUUCCCAUCGCACCUCCAUUCUUUUCACGGAAUCUUGUUGUCCCGCGUGCUGCUUUCUGUGGCUUCGACGAGUCCCGUUGGUAAUUUUGAGGACAUCAAGACGAGCGCAGCUGACGGCGAAGAAGAUCCACGAAUUUCUCAAACCGCGCCCUUGCAGCUCCAUGGUCAUCUUACUGCAACCAAACAAGAAGAAUGUUCAUCUACUGCGCCGGAAAACGGAGGUGAAAAUGAGUUUUUUUCGCCGGAACAGGAACAGCCAGGCCGAAACGAGAAGCAUGCGGAAGAUCGUCUAGAAGUGGAGCCAGUUGUUCUUCUGGAAGUGAAUGAGGACUCCAAAUCCGGUCGUAAUGCAGUUGCUUCACCGUUGUCGUUUGUGCAAGAACGGAAGAACACGCAUUCGACGUCGACGAAAAAGGAAAAGAAACUCGAAACGCGCGAAGCGGAGGCGCAGGUGCAGGCGGUGGAUCAGGAACAGGGACAGCAAGUCCACCAGCAGUUCCGCGUCCAGCAGGAAAUGCAGUCUAAACUGGGCAGCGCACGACGAGCGUCUGCUAAAAACCGUCAGUCGGCCGCGCGACCGCGGGGAAAGCGGAACACGCAAGGGACUUUUAUUGAAAGGAAAAACUCCCUCUCCCCAUAUCAAAAAAGCACGCUUCCGAAAAUUUGUGUUGCUGAUUUGAGGUCACAAAUGACAUCUGUCUUGCAAGGAGACAAGGGCAGAAGCUUCGCGCCCAUUAUGGAAGCGAUUUGCCAUGCUGUUGGGCCUAAAGGUAAAUGCGAGCCAUUUGCCAUGCUGAGCAACUAGACCGAUACGCCCCAACCUAGCCUGGGGAUCUGGUCGCAAUGCCUUCUUGCAAUACAAAGCUGAUUUGUGUACGCAAAUCCAGCAACACGCAAAUCCAGCAACAGAAGUUUCCGCUUCGAUAUGGGGAGGGAGGAUUUUUCCUUUCGAUAGCGUUCUCCUCGCCGACGGAGAAGGCGGGCUACGACAUGGAUGCGUACCAUGGCUUCCGGUUUUCCAACCCACUCUCGGGCGCGAUGCAGGCGUCCGCCGUGGGCACCGGCGAUCCUAACUGGAUGUACGGAGCCGUGGGCAUCGACGCACUGUGCGGGCUAGCCAACGCGGGCAUCGCGGCUCUGGAACAGAGCCAAUACAUGCUGGAAGAGUACCGGCGGCGGAAGCUGACCCCGUGGUCAUAUCCUGAGUAAAAACGUACCCACACCAUAGUCAAGAUGGGGAAUCGGCUAGACAAAUCCACAAGUUUUGACUGUUUUGCAUGACAAAUUUGGAUUCGUAGUGUAGUGCUGUUUGAGCAAGCUCAGCAGCAUCACAGAUCUAGCCUACCAUGCUGAUUGGAGCAUGACAGAUUGCAAAACACGACUAGAAAAUGCUUCUCAUGGGGCUCCGCAUGAGAAACAUUUCCAGCAUGCAGAUUUGCAUUACAACUCUGGUGUGGGUACGUUUUUACUCAGGAUAGGUCAGACGACGUGGUGAAGGUCCGAACCAAGGCGGAGGAUCGGGCACUGCUGCGGGCCAAGACGGGUGGCUACGACAUCGCGGGCGAAUCCGCGUUCACCGAACAGAUGCGGGAAACGCAGAAGUUGUGCGAAGAGGCAUGGGGGGACGUGGUGCGCGAACGCAACGAGCCAAACUGGGAUUGCCGUGGUGUUGAGAACGGGCCGCGGGGGACAACAGAACAAGAACGUGCGCACCCGCGACCGCGGCACGGCGCUUCGCCAAGUGAGUGUGCGAAGGAAGAGGCGCUGCUGCAAAAGGCGAAGCAGCGAACCAAGGAACUGACGGAUCUCCUGGAAAAAGCGAAAGCCGGUAUGGAAGAGAAAAAACCUUCUGCACACACUGUUGCGAGAUUUCUAUAUGCGCAUGAACUCGACUAUAUAUAAGCAUAGAGUUCAUUUCAACUACAUACGUCAUGCAGUGAACGCACAGAAGUUCAAGUUUUACACUCACUUGCAUGAGUGAUCGAAAUUCCAUUUCUCUUUGGUCUCGGUGCGCAUGAUCUCAAGCUUUGCAAGAAAAAUAUAUUGUGGGGGAUCUUCUUGCACCAUCUUCACCUGUGCGUGGUUUUUUCUCCCGGAUAGCCCGCAAGCUGGACAAGCGGGUUUGGGAACAGGAGGUGAAGCCGCGUUGGGAGAAGGCGUGGAAGGGCGCGUGGAAGCAAAACUCCAAGCUGCAGGCGGCCUACAACGCGGGGAAGGCGGACUACGGCUGGAACUGGGCCACCGACUCUUUUUACAAGGACGCGGACGGAUAUGGAUGUGUCAGGAUUGAAAUCGUCAAAGUUGAAAAGAUUUGUAAUGCAGAAAAUGGAGGCCAGUUGCAGCCCAGUUUCCAAGUGGCGGAUGACAAAUUUGGGUAGAAUCUAAAUCCAGUUUGUCAUGCUGUUUGAGUAAGGACGACGCCUUUUGUCAUGCUACUUGAGCAGCUCUAUCCCUACCCCUCAACAGGCUCACAAUCUGCCUCACUUGCGUCCUCUGCCAUAGAGACAAUUUCUGCGUUGCAUUUUAUGCAUGACCACAAACCAUUUCAACUUUGACGAUUUCAAUCCUGACAGUCCCAUCACGGAAAAACGAACGGCAGCGGGGGCUACAAAUGGGACGGCUCUGCGUCGUCGUCGUCUGCCGCCGCAACCGGCGCGGGAGGUGAUUGGAGCUGGAGUAACUGGUACUGGGACGAGAAUCUGCAGCACUGGGCGUACUGGUACGACGAAAACAGCUGGUACAAAUGGGACGACAACUUGCAGAAGUGGCUGUAUUGGGAUAUGGCCUUCUCAGCUGUAAGUGUAACGUUCUCAGCUGUUAUGUUGUGAGCCAACAACGACCCAUACAUGAUUUGUCAUGCAAAAUCUCCAAUGGCCUUGGGGUUGGUUCCAAGUCUGACAGCGCGACACAUACACAAACUUGUUGGGAUACCUCGAUGAGCGGCGCCGAAAUAUAUCGAUGUCCCACAUUGAUUUGCCAUGCAAGCUGCACUGUAGCUCUGAUCUUUCUCUUGUGUGCAGUGUUUCUGUGUACGAAACACUAUUUCUUGGUUUAUGAUGUAGAUGUAACAGGUGAGGACUACGCAACAGUUGAGCUGGCCAUAUGGGACACGACGACCGGACAGUACGAAGUGUGGCAAGACCAGUGGGACUGGUCUGAGUGGGCCGGCGGACAAGGAACUACACUUGCGGCCAAGAAGAGCUCGUUUCUGCAGACCGAGACUUCUACACCGAGCAGGUCCGCUUACCCCCAUGGUGAACAAAUCCGUGUCCUAGUCUCCCAUGGCGAACAAGAAUCUACCGUGUGGUCAACAUGGUUCCCGUUUGUUCAUCUCACGGAAAGAACAAGUACCACCGCGGGGACUCUGAGCCGGUUGCUUUAUCGAACCCCGACUGGCCUGGUGCUGACGAUGUUGCUGCUGCUGGCCUUGUUCCUUUUCGCUGCUUCCGUUUUGCUCGCGUUUACAAGUAGCAGUUCUCCCGGCAUCGGAAAAGGAAAUGGCCACGCGAAAGAAAAGAACCGGGACACCACACAAGACGGAGGAACAAGAAUGGAAGUAAGUGAUACACCUGGCGUCGACGAUGUAACAGCUGCGGGGAGGACCCUAAAAGGAGAGGCACAAAAGCAAGAGCAACAGCCGCAGGCGGUGGCGGAAGCCGAGUCCAGCCAAACCUUCAGCUUCUUUGCCUAACCUGUGUGCAUCGGAGUUUUAGUUUAGUUACGCGAGCGGGGACAAUUGAAACUACGUGGAGCAGGAUGCUGGUUUCUUUGAUUGAGCCAGCAAAGAAACCCCUUUUUGAUCUUGAAGAUAUUUUUUUCAAACUUUUCUUUGAACAACAUCACAUGCCUAUCGUGUAUAUUUGAUUUUGUGCCUUCUAAUAUUCUAUCGCGUUUACAUUAAUUGUCUUUGUCAAUCUGUUUGGGUGUCGAUUUGCAUUGUUGUUUGUGUUUUUCAGCGAAAAAUAACAAUAAGUGUCGAAUAUGUUUGCAAGAAGCAGCUUCCUCUGUACUCAUCAAUCUGGAAGCACAGCCCGAGCAGCAGUA